UUAUUGUUAUGCUCGUGGUUUGGAACCCGUAUACAGGGCGAACUCGGUGGAUCGGCGUUGAACUCAGAUCCGAUAAGCACAGAGGGAUCUGGUAUGGUCAUGCUCUCGGAUACGACAAGAGCAACCAUAAAAUCUUGAGAUAUUCAAAUGUUCCCGGGGCGAUGUAUGUGCACGAGAUCUACGAUGUAAACUCUGAUUCAUGGAGGGUUCUUGAUGUCACUCCAGACUGGGAUGUGGAGUUUGGUAACUACGGCCUGUCUUUGAAGGGAAAUACGUACUGGUAUGGUACAGAUAAGGUAUCCCGAGAAGACGUCCCUGAUUUCUUACUAUGCUUUGAUUUUACUACAGAAAGGUUUGGUCCGCGUCUGCCUCUGCCUUUUGAGUCUUAUAGUGAAGAUGCAGUGGUUUUGUCUAGUGUUAGAGAAGAGCAGCUUGCGGUGUUGUAUCAGCACUGUGAAACAUAUGAGAUGGAGAUUUGGAUUACGACCAAGAUUGAGCCCAAUGCAUUGUCCUGGAGCAAGUUCUUAGCGGUGGAUAUGGAUCCACUCACAGGGUGUCGGUUCUAUAGCGGUGGCAGUUUCCUCGUUGACGAGGAGAAGAGAGCUGUGGUUGUCUUU